GACAAUAUACCAAUUGUUUAUGCCCACCACUGAAAGUUAUCGAUCGCAUGUUUCCGCCCAAGAUUCUCCACAUACAGUAAUCAACAAGUGAUUUAUUUCGACACAUUUUUGCCUUGUAAAUGCGGCUAUUGAUUUAGUAUCCAAGUAAACUACACGUAAAUGAUUUUAUCGAUCCAACAACAACCGAAUUCACAAUGGCGUCGUAAAACACUCGCAUUUUUUAUUCAAACGUCAACGUUCCGCCCGACUGAAAAAAUGGUCCGAAUAACCGAACAGUUGAUCCGCAAAAAAUCGGAACACAAUGAGCUCAUCAUCGGUACAUUGGAAGAGCUAUCGUUGCAUCAAGAAGAUAUCGAAAAAAUUGAGCACAUUCAGAAUUGGUGUCGUAAUUUAAAGAUUCUGUUGUUGCAAAGUAAUUUGAUUUCAAAAAUCGAAAAUCUCCACAAGCUCAAGCAAUUGGAGUAUUUAAAUUUGUCAUUGAAUAACAUCGAAAUAAUUGAAAAUUUGGAACAACUUGAAUCGUUGACGAAACUGGAUUUGACCUUGAAUUUCAUUGGCUGCUUGAAAAGUGUCGAGAAUUUGCGUGACAACUACAAUUUACGUGAAUUGAUUUUGACGGGAAAUUAUUGUGCCAAUUACAGUGGCUAUCGAAACUUUGUCAUCGCCACAUUGCCACAGAUUCACAGCUUGGACGGUGUUGAGGUCAAGCGAAGCGAUCGAAUUAUUGCACAGCGAGAGUAUGUGGACGGUCGACGAGCGAUAAUUCAACAGCAAAUUGAACAGCAAAUGAAACGAGAUGAACAAAAAAUACGCAUCGCACGAGAAGGAGAAGCAACGGCAAAUGAGAACGCUGGCUUGACCGAGGAUGAGAUCAAUGAAAGAUUUUGGAAGAAAACGAGCGAACAUUGCCCUGAGACUCGCAUCGAAAUUGCUAAUCAACAUCGAAAAAGUCAACAGAUAGACGUUACAGUGACGACAGAGAAACCAAAACGUAGAUUAUUUGCUGAUAGCGGACGACCGUAUAGUUUUAAUGAGCCAAAACUUGAAUUUCGUUUCGAUGAUUUGACUGAUCAUUAUGUGCUGGAUUUACAUGUACACAAAUAUUUGGAAACUUCCUUGAUCGAUGUGGACAUUGAACCCAAUUACGUGCGAAUAACGGUGAAGGGGAAAAUUUUCCAAAUGGCUCUGAAUGAAGAGGUUCGCAUGAGUGACGCAACAUCAAAACGUUCACAAACUACUGGACAUCUUUUGAUCACGAUGCCAAAGCUAGGCUUUGAUGUAACCAGCAUCAAAACACCCGAAAGCAAUGCAAAUAUCAAGAAAUCGACCGCAGAUAAUCACAUUAAUGACCGCAUAAAACCAACGACGGCUGUUGAUUACAGGCACAUUGUGAGCGGACCAUGUAUUCCGGGCGAACAAGUUGAUGAGUCGGAAAUACCAGCGCUGAUUUGAGUCGAGGAUUUAUCAUAGAGAAAUCAAACAAUGACUUUUGUUUUAUUAUUAUCGAUAAAUCAAUAUGGUUUGGGCAAUAGUGCCCCGGCAACUUGUAAUUCCAAUAAACAAAUUACUGGAAUGGAAAAAAACGCCAUCAAAUUAAUUUUUCCAUAUUUCAUAUGAUUUAUUUUCAUUUCUUUUCUUCUUCAUUCUUCACUCAUUCAUUGAGUGUGUUUUUUCUGUUUUUCCUUCAAAAGAUUCUUAAUCAAUAGCUAAAUGUGUGUAUAUAAAAUGGCAGAAAAGUAAAAAUAAAGAAAAACAAAUGUAUAUUACUAGUGUUAUAUGUUUGACAUGACAUGUGACAAUAUCGCGUUCCAGUUGCUAGUCUCUUUUUGUGUUUGUUAUUCUUUCUUGUCUCCUUUUUUCAUCAUCUCUACGUUCGUUUCAUGUUCACAAACGACGUUUUGCGUUUUGUUGUGGGUAAUUGUUUUUUUUUCUUCUCUUGUCUGUAUACAAUAAAAUGUUCUUUACACAUAAAGCUCUCUAUAAUGUUCAUUAUAAUUUGUUUGUUUUUCUUCAAUUUUUAAUUAUCAAAAAUUAAUUAUCAAAUUCUACUCAUAAAAUGACUUUGUCGCUUUUAAAGGAGUGUUUGUGUAUCUGUGUGUAUAUGCCAACAACUGUGUAUUAUUUUUUUGAAUAGUUUUAUGCGCACCACUGAACUGAUUAUAUAUGUUGAGUACUAUUCAUGCAUUUUCUGUUGCUUUUCCAUGUAGUGCUACAUUUCACGUAUUGCUAUGAAAUGGAGAACUAUUGUUUUGGUUUUACUUGAUUUCGGUCCAGUGUGGUCAAAAAUGGGCCGUUUUUGGCAUAUGUUUUUUUGUGUUUCUCUUUUGAGUUUGGUACAAAAUUUAGUCAUUCAUAUUCACUGAAUGAUGCGAUAUUCGUUUCAAUUCUUCGGUUGCGGGUGGUGAUUAUAUGGUUUUAUGAUUCUAUAGUUUUCGUUUUAUUUCUGUUUUCUCCUUUAAUUAUUUUAUUGAAUGCGUUGAAUGAUUUCGGGUGAGUGAGAGAGACACUGAAAAAAGAACAUUGAUGAUCCCAUUUAAAAUGAUUUUUAUCGGUAUAUAUAUUGCCCAAAAGUUGAUAUAUGAUUAACAAUAUCUUUUUUUUCAAUUUUUUUUCAAUUUUUUCUUAAAUUAUAUGAUCAUCUGCAUUGUUUUUAACACACGUAAAUAAUUUUUUUUUAUCCGAAAUAUCGUAAACAGUAUAUUUUA